CCUGCGACCUCUUGUAUUAGUGGGGGUGGCACCACCCUCCGGAGUCGGUGGAGCUCGGGGCCCUGGAAUGGGACGAGUGUAUGGCCAUCCGGAGGAGUGAAUGUGGGGAAAGGUGGUCAUGGAGGAGGUGAUAGCCUAGAGGGCUGGGGCAGUGGGGAGACUCGAAGGGACGGGGCAUGGGAGGAGUCGCUGGCCCGAAGGAGGACGGGCUUCGAACCUUACCGUGACUAUUAGGGUAACUGGGUCCGGGUCGGGACUUUGGGAGGGCACAGUGGAUCAUCUGGUCUGGGAGCAGUGCAGGUGUUUCUCUAAGUGCUGUGCUUCUAGAAUCCGCGGGGUGAGUAGGCAAGCACUUGAGUAUUCAGAUGGAUAGAGGCCAGCUCAAAUGCCUCUCCACCUGCCCAGGGCCUUCCGGUUGGGUAACCAGGAACGCCGCUUGGCUCUUGGCAAGAGAAGUUUGACCUGUGCAGGUAUCUAUGUGUGUGCCAAGUGUGGCUAUGAGCUGUUUUCUAGCCGCUCGAAGUAUGCACACUCAUCUCCAUGGCCAGCAUUCACAGAUACUAUCCACGCUGAUAGUGUGGCUAAAUGUCCAGAGCACAACCGACCUGGAGCCCUGAAGACAAAGAAACUUCUGCCUCCCAGGGGCACUAGAUGGGCAGCCCACCCCCACCCCCAACAGAUACACAAUGACUACAUCCUGGCCUUCACAGCUUGACAUUGGAACCCUAAACACUUACACAGCAUUCUGAACA